AUGGACCUUGCCAUCCGGUCCAUGAACAUCAGUACCCUAGCCGAUCUUCAUGGUCUAACUGUUAUCCCGCAAUUAUACCAAAUGCUCUUCCAUCGUACCCGCGAAUUUGCCGCGACCGUGCACAAGCUGGUGGACGUCGCGCCAGCGUCGUGGGCAGAGGCGGCAUGCUCACUGGUGUAUUGGGGCGUCAACAUUCUGCGACACAAGGACGUCGGACUGGAGCGGUUCCUACACAGUCAACGCGAGAGUCUGUAUUGGAUCCUGGAUGAUGCGCUGUUGACGAUCUGUGUGGAUCAGUGGGAUCCACCAUCCUCGCAUUCUACCCAACCGCGCACAUCUUCAUCAUCAACCCCCAAACUCAUUGCUUGGGACAAAGCUACGGCACCGGUAACGCUAGCGUUGUCAAGGGCCAGUGAUCUACUCCCCAUAUGGGCCGCGCAAGAUCUGCAAGAUUGGGAGAGGUGGGGAUUUGCCCGCUCGUACACUGUGGCUCAGCACAUGACCGCUGGCUGGUUCCGUCGAUCCACAAAGUUCCUGCACGAAAGCAGCAGGAUAUACGAGAUUUGGAGGACUAUGAGGCGAUGGGGCGGUGGCCAGCUUCCUACUGAGCUGGCGACUGUCAUUAUGGAAGAUGUAGCAAAGUCUGAGAAGCUUCCGAUGGGUGACCUGCGGUUGCAUUAUUUCCCCAAGGGCAAGUCGAGAGCGCAGCUGAUAUAA